AUGGUGCAGCCACAUCAGUCGACUUCCUCCUCCGGUUGCGCCGUCGGUUCCAGUCCUGAGUCCCUCCCCGCUGGCACGACCCUCUUCAUCACAGACCGCCCCAUCGCGGUGCGCCCGCUCGCCAUACGUGCUCGAGCGCCGCAUCUGCAUCCCCACCCUGAGGCAUCCCCUCACAGCACCUCCGCCGCGAUACCCAUCAAGUCACUCCCGGCCCCACCAGCCCUUCCUCGCCGUCUUGCUCCCUUCCGCCCCCUCCUCAGUGCAGCUCUCCCUACUACUCUGGAGGGCUACACAGCCGAUGGUGGAGCCGGGGGUAACUCAGGCCCUCGUCAAGUCAAAGUCCCUACCCUGGGCAAGGGCACUGCUCCUCGGGCUGGAUGCCCUCAUCGCAACGCUCGUCAAGUCCACCCAGGACCCCUGGCAGCACCCCCGCUCAUUCCUCCGCGGUUCGCCCCCAUCCAGGACUCUCCUCCCGAUCCAGAGGCGCACAAGACGGUCAUCCAGCGGGGUUUCAACUCCCCAGGCAAUAGGGAGGUCAAGAAGGAGCCGGUGCUGGUUGUGGAGGACGACCCGGUCAAGAAGUGGCAGGAGUACAGGGCGGUGCUUGCGGAGCUGCGGGAGAAGUAUGAGCGGAUGAAGGUGGAGAAGGCGGACUGGAAGGGGGAUUGGGUGGUUGGUGUGUAA